AUCCCAGGGCUUUUUUCGGCUCCUUAAGCCGAAAUAGCCCCGGGCCCAAGAUUUUGACAGGACCGCAGAUCAAAAUAUCGUGGAUUCCCAAACAAAUAUGGAGUUGCUGGAGUUAGUCGUUUGAUACGAGAAACAAAAUUUGUGCGAGUAAAAUUGAAUGACUUUGUUAGUGUUACAGAAAUAUGAAUUGUCAGAUUCUUUGCCCUUUGACGCGAUUUUUUACCAAAUAUUGGGUAUUCAACUGCGCACGAUCGCCCACAAGACUGCUUCACAGCCACUCAAGUUACAUAAAUACGCGUAAUGUAGGCAGCCAUCUUUCGUCAGGAAGAGUUAGUCUUGAUCAGAGAUGUGUCAAGUGCAACUUACGAAGGUUUUUUGGUAGUUUGGCUAGGUCCUCACAGGAUGAAUUUUCAACGAAGUAUGUACAUUCUCCCUCCAUUUAUCAAAUUUUACUCCUGAAAAGAGAUGAUGUACGGCAGGUUGUUACCAGAUUCUUUUCAACAAGCCUUAUGAGGAAACAUGGCCAAGGAGAUAAAAAUCAACAAGGUAAAAAGGUUAAUGGCAUUAUGUUUGUUGGUUCGCCAGACAUACUUGAUCACUUUGCUGUGAUUACUAUUAGCUUGCUAUUGCAGCAAUGA